AUGACACUGAUCAACAAGAUGGCGUCCAAUCCUUAUAAGACCAAUCUAACCGUCGGCGGUUCUCCGUUUGACAAGUCGAAACUGCAGAUGCGUCGGCCAACUCCAGACAGUGACGUGCUGGCUUCGAGUGACGAUGAUCACGAGAUCGUCGCGCCUCCCCCGACCCGUCCCACAGGCGCUCCGUUUGCAACUGCACGCCGUCCUUCAUGGAUGGCACAGGACCUACCAAAUCGCAAGAACUCUCUGCCGUCGGUCUCAUUGGGAUCGCAGCCGACGACGCCGGUCCUCUCAUUGGAUGGCCCCUCCAGAGCUCCGACUGUUUGGAAUACAAACAGCUUUACCGUUGCUUCCUCAUCCAAUCGCAUGAAAGAGGUCCUGCCCUCGCCUACGUCUGCACAAGGCCCCGGUGACAAGUUGUUCGGUGCUGCGCCAUCUUCAGAGACUGACGAUACUGUGGGGUUCCUCCUCAAUCAGCACACCGUCCGCAAAUCUGUCCGAUCCCAAUCCUAUAGUGUCGGCCAGGGUGACAUUGGCAAUCCUGCCUCACAUUUGCGGUCAGCUCUCCGCCACCGUCCUUCGAAACCAAGCCUGCUUGCAGGCACAGAAUCAGCCGUCGGCCUAGGCCAGUUACGCGAGGACGACAACGACGAGGUUGACUCAUCCAACGGCUCCCAGCACGGUAUUCCUCUGCCCUCGGACUAUUGGCAGCAAGAAGCGCGCGGACAGACGAAACCCAUGGUUACCAAGCAGGUCACCAUCAUUGCCCCACCAACCCGCAGGCUCUCUCACAGCAUGCGAAGCAUGACGCAGAACGAUGUCGACGACGUUGCUGAGGCGAGUUUCGACAACCGCAUGAUACCGCUCAUGCGUCGCUACAGCGAGCAUGUUGGCACGCUGGCGCAGGCAGACGAGCUGGCACAGAGCAGCGAACCCCAUGGCUGGGCUAGCCCUGUCCCGCGCUUCAACACAGAUGCUUUGAGCCGUCGCCACUCCAUCGCGCACUACGGCUCCAACCUCUCGUCGAACUUCUCCCAGCCUACUCUUAGCCACACACAAGAGGAGGAAGAAGAAGAAGCAUCCCCUCUCGACACCGUUCUCCCGGUUCUUCCUCCCGCCCAGAAUGACCCGAAGUGGAACACGCUCGACUACUUCAGUGGCUACGGACCUGCCGCUCGUACGAUCAACUCCUCGGCCAUCUCAGCCGCCCAUCCGGCGCCGGCCAUAACCCACCCACCUCCUCCACCUAACGCGUACGCUAAUCCCACGGGCUACGGUCGGCCGGGUCGACGCAUUUACCUCGUUCAGUUCAAGUGUUCGCGCUCGGACAUCUACUUUCUCUAUGAGAAUACGGGCCUGGAGGUUCGCGUCGGCGACCUUGUCAUCGUCGAAGGUGACCGUGGUCACGACCUCGGACAAGUCACUCACGCAGACGUGACAAUGGAUGAGGCCAAGCGCUUAAAGAACGAGGCGAAUGAGGAUCAUUUCCGGUGGUUGGUCAUGUUCUCGCAAUACUCCGUUGCAGGCGCGUCCACCAAGAACGCAAUGCUUGGGGCUUUGUUCCGCGCGCAUGAGGUCCCGAAGAGUGGCAACCGUCCCCAACUCACUGGGAUGGGCGUUCAGCAAGACCCCGAGAACAAGCCGCGUAUGAUCCGUCGGCUGGCACAGACCCAUGAGAUCCUACAGCUUCGCGACAAGGAGGGCGAAGAGGCUCGCGCCAAGCGUAUGGCUACCGACAAAGCUUUGGACCACAACCUUCCCAUGGAGAUACUCGACGCGGAGUUUCAAUGGGAUCAUCACAAAAUCUCGUUCUUCUAUUACGCCGAGUCAUAUGUUGACUUCAAAAUCUUGGUCACGGAUCUCUUCAAACAUUACAAGAUCCGCAUCUGGAUGUCGGCGGUCAAUCCAGCCUCUGUGGUGAACCCAGCGGGUAUGCAGAUCAAGCCUCCGUCUGCCAUUGGUCCCGGGGCUAUCGUUCCGAACAAUGCGCCCAACGCCUCUCUAUCCGUCGGUCCUCUCUUCGGAAAUAACUCGUACCGUCCCAACGAGCAGUACGGAAACCGUGGCCGCCCCACCAACCCGCAAGGUACCUUCGACAGCCAGAACUACGGCCCUUUCUCGCACCAGCUGUCUGGUUUCCCGGUACAGAACCCGUACCAGAUGCAGCAAUGGGGCCAGCAGUAUCUGAGUGCGGAUAUGUUCAACCGCUACGACCCCAAUGCCGCCGCAAACCGCAGCCCUAUGAACAUAGGCGCUUGGUACCCACCCUCUACCUACUCUACCUCUCCGGCAUUCAACAACGCGUCGAGCAAUACAUCUUUCCGUGGCGGUUACUCCGCUACUUCUGGCAGUAACCCCUAUGCUGCGUCGAACGCUGUGGCUGCUAGCGCCUAUAGCACCACCUUCAACGCGCAGGCCGGCUAUUCCUCUUCUGCAGCGACUGGAGCUGCUCCUUUCGUUGGCUUCGAUCCUGAUGUGAUGGCUGCAAUGGCAAGCCUUAACUUUUCCGGAGCAAACAAUGCUGCUGGCAACAGUAACAACGGUGCUGGUAAAAGUGGUGCCAAUGCUGGUGUGAACAGCGAUUCCAACACCCAGUAG